AUGGCCCUCUACCUCACCCUCAGCAUCGCCCUCUACCUCAUCUCCAGGCUGCUCUACACCACCCUCCUCUACCCCCGCUUCUUCUCUCCCCUGCGCAACCUCCCCGGCCCGCCCCUCGGCGACCCCAUCUACGGGCGCUUCGCGGAGAUCAUGCGCACCGAAGCGGGUGUCGCCCAGCGCGAGUGGGUCAAGGAGCAUGGGCCUGUCGUCCGUGCCGUGGGCCCGCUCGGUAUUGAGAGGCUCAUCUUCAUGAGCCCCGAGGCGUGCCAGAAGAUUUUGGUCAGCGACUGGGUGGAUUAUCCCCGUCCCAAGUUCAUGCGGGAUACCCUCGGCCUCGUAGCGGGCUACGGCCUGCUCACAGUCACAGGCAACGAGCACAAGCAGAUGCGCAAGGCCAUGAACCCAGCCUUCUCCAUAAACAACCUGAUGGCCCAAAGCGACAUGUACUAUGAUGCUAUCGAAAGCCUCGUCGAACUCAUCAACGCCCAAAUCGACGCCCAGCCCGACCCGCACAACGGCGCGGAGCUGCUCAUGUACGAGUGGUUGGCCAAAGCCACCCUCGACAUAAUCUGCGCGACCGCCUUCGGGUACACUACCGACUCGCUGCACAACCCACACAACGAGCUCGCAGAGGCGUACGAGAAGCUCACGAGCUUGCAGACUGGCCCCAACCUCGCCAGGUUCAUAGCAGUCGUCUCCAUCCCCGGGUUCGCGCGCUUCCUCAACUCCGACUUCGCGCACCGGCAUCGGAAGUGGUUUGGGUACCUUGGGCCUUUUGCCCAAAUAACCCACCUCCUCACCUCCAUGUCGCGCAUCCGCGCCGUCUCCGCGUCCAUCCUCGCCUCCAAAACGCGCGAGGCCGCCGCCUCCCUUCCCAAUGAUGCUGAUGCGAAGAGGGAUAUCAUGUCGUUGCUUGUAAGGGCUAGGGCGGGGGUGGAUGAGGGGAAGGAAGGGUUCACGUUGAGCGAUGGGGCGAUGAUGGACCAGGUCUUAACCUUCCUCGGCGCUGGCCACGAGACGACCGCUUCUGGACUCGCGUGGACACUCUGGCUCCUCGCGAACGACCCCAUCUCUCAAUCCAAGUUGCGCGAAGAAGUCACACCGCUGUUCGCCUCCACCUCCACCUCCACCUCCACCGAGGCGCCCCCCCGCCCGGGGUACCGCGCGCUCAAGGACCUCGCGUGGUUAGACUGUGUCGUUCAGGAGAGCCUGCGCGUCCUCCCCCCCGUCCCGAUGACGUUCCGCCAGGCGGCCAAGACGGACUACAUCGACGGCGUGCUGGUGCCCGAGGGGACGCUGUUCUACGUUCCCAUCCGCGUCAUCAACACCUGGAAGGAAGUCUGGGGCCCCGACGCCGAAGAGUUCAAGCCGUCCCGCUGGCUCAACCUCCCGCCCAAGUACAACCCCGCCUUCUCGACGCUGUCAUUCAUCGCAGGCCCACACGCGUGCAUCGGCAAGACGAUGGCGAUUAUCGAGAUGAAGGCCGUGCUCGGCGCCCUCAUCACCCACUUCGAGUUCUCCCCUGCGUACGAGGGCCAGGUGCCCCAGCCGACGGCGGCGGUGACGAUGAAGCCGAAGGACAACAUGCCCCUCCGCGUCAAGCGUGUGAAGAGGGACUGA